AUGUAUAUUCUUUUGUGGUUGUUGGUUGUUGGUUGUGGUUAUGGUUAUGGCUAUGGCUAUGGCUAUGGCUAUGGUUAUGGCUAUGGCUAUGGCUAUGGUUAUGGCUAUGGUUGCUUUGUGGUUGUAGUUGUAGUUGCAGUUGCAGUUGUGGCUGUGGCUGUGGCUGUGGUUGUUGUAAUUCUUGUUAAUGAUUGA